AUGUCUAGACUUGGAAGUCCCAGGGAUGUAGGACCAUGGGGUGCUUCUGGAGGUAAACCACGGGAUGAUGGGGUUUUCCAAAAUAUCAAGCAAGUUCGGGUUCAAGUAGGAUAUCUUUCAAAAGUGAUUUUUGGCAUUCAAUUCAACUAUGUUAAAAAGGAUGGUAAAUUCAUUUUGUCACAGUUUCAUGGAGGAACAUAUCAUGAUGAAGAUAUAUCAGAAGUGGAGAUUAAUUUGGAUGGUAUGCAAGAGUAUUUGACUGGAAUAUCAGGUUAUUAUGGACUUGUUGAGGGCUAUGGUGGAGUAGAAGGUAUAAUCUCCCUCACUUUUCACACAAACAAGGGGAAACAUGGUCCUUAUGGACAGGAAAAUGGAGGUGCGAGUUAUGUUUAUUUUACAUCAACCACAUCUUCUGGGAAAAUAGUGGGUUUUCAUGGGAGGAAUGGUGGUUUUCUUACUGCAAUUGGUGUUCAUACAGAGUAUUUCUGA